GGGUUGGAAUAACACUGCACUGAGUAAGAGGAUCGGACCGGGACACCUAAAAUCACCACCCCCUCUAUCGAUAACGAUCAUUGAGGGGCACAAGGGCGGAACUCUGGAUAUUGGGGCAGGUAGAACUAGUUGGAAGGCACGCGUUAAAUCUCCAUUAGUGGCAUUACAGUGAAGCUAAAGUCAUGUUUAAUGUUAAAAUGGCUUCGACAACUAACUUCAUGAAGUUUCUUCCUCUUGUGUGCCUCCUCGCUCGGUCAGGACAAACGUUUGGGGAUGAACAAGGUAAGAAAACUUCUUAAAGCUGUAACGUUACUCAUUUCACAUUGAUAGCGUUUGCCUUUUCUCUUUUUGGUCAGUUUCAUCGCCACGAGCACAAACCUGAAAACUCUGUUGGUAAACAUGGCGGUCGGGACGGUGUUACUUUGUGUAGCCUAACUUAUCCCAUAGACAGUAAGCCUAUGAGGUUAACAGCAGCUUACAGUUGUAGUGUAGCCACAGAGUUUCUGUAUAACAGCACCGUGCAGGGAAGGUGACAGAAGUGGUUAAUAUGCUCUGAGGGACGUUACAGCGCAGAAGUCGCGACAGCAGAUGCACGUUAGACUAAGAAACUUACGGGAAUCAAUGACAGGUAGACGGAGGGUGUGUCUCAGGUAUAUCAUCCACGCACUGCGUAAAAACGUUUCCAUGACAACACCAGCUUGCUCUUGUUAAAUUUAUUAAGAGAAAGGUUUAUUACUAUUCACAUGACUGUUACUCGGAAGUACUGAGAGUAGCGCCAGAGAAGGCGAACUUUUAAGCUCCCGUCUGUUAUUCUACAGCUGGUCUACAAGGCGAACACGGUAAUAAUUAUUAAGUUAAUUAUUAAGCACUGUUUAAUGUUGUUUACAGGAAAAUGUGAGACACAUUGUAUCGGUCUGUAUAAGAAAUAAGAGACAGAGUAUAUAAACGUUGUUGUGGUGGUGCUUUGUGCUUGAAACGGUUUUGUUUAUCCUCUAGUUUUCACGGUGUUCUAUGAUUCUUCAGAGGAGAAUAAAUGUGAACGUGGACAUCAGGUCGGGUGACGUCAGAGUGGUUGUGAAAGAAGGGAGUGACGCCAUUUUACCCUGUUCACUCAGCAACAAGGAGAACGCUGAGUCAAAGCUCUUUGACUGGAAGAAAGAUGGUCCGAAGGAGAUUUUCUUUUAUGAUGGAGGCCUUCAUUACAACAACGGCCGUCCAGGUCAAGAUCAGCAGUUCAAAGGUCGCGUCUCACAUUUUCAAGAUGAGCUGAAGUACGGAAACGCCUCCAUCAUCAUCAGAAAUACGACGGUGGCCGACAGCGGAGACUACACCUGUGAUUUUCAACUUCUUCAGCCAAGACAGAUAUUCAACAUUAAGCUUGUUGUUGGUGACCUAACUUUAAGAGACCGAUCAGCAGAUAUAAUUGGAGCAUCUCCAGAGCCGUAUGUCAAGAUACUUAAUCAAACGCAGGACGUGGCCCUGCUGCAGUGUGAAGUUCGAGGUGCUUCUCCAAAACCUACAGUAGAGUGGCAGGACAGUGCUGGAAACAAACUUCCUGCUGAGGAGCCACAGGUCUCAGAAAGAGGAGGCAGCUUCUACAUCAUCCUCCAAACUACUGUGAUGAAGACCGACAACUAUCGCUGUGUAGCCACACAGGAGGAGAUCAAACAUCAGAUUCAUACUGAGACCUACCUCUAUAUCGGCGAGAAACUGUUUGAGGACACGUGCAGCAGAGGGGACGUCACAGGAUGGUUUGGUGGAAUCGUUUUAGGAGCUGUAAUUCUUGCUGCAGUUCUAGCUUCACUUGUAGCUACAAAGCGCAUCACAGUACGCUGUAAUAAAGGAGCAACUGAAGAGAGAGAGGAAACCUGGGAGAGAGACAUGAUGACAUUGAGCAGAGCAUCUGAACCUGUGUAAUCCAACCUUAGCGCUCCACCAGACUGUAUAACAAAGUGGACACCAUGACUUCACCUGCUGGUUUGUGGACUUGCCUUUUUGAAGACUUGAAUGUGGCAUAUUGGCCGUAAUCAUUUGGGGGGGGUUUAAACAGAAGGGACCAAAUUUACGCUAAUCAGGAAAGUGUUUACUCAGGUGAUAAAUCGAGUGGAAAGUCGGGUCGUUUUCAUUUUGACUUCUCUGCAGUCAGACUUGUUUUAGAGGUUCCCUCUUGCCUCUCUCACACUGUUGAGUGAAAACUGAAUUAUCCACUGGACUGUGUUAAAGACAUGAUGGCACCUAAAUGAAAUAGAAGAAGUUACACACAUAUCUCAACAAAACAGAGCUUUAAAAAGGGCAGCUUGCAGCUUGUAAAAUGAGAAAUCAACAUUUUCAGCAGUUUGACUUACAGCAGCUGGUCUGUUCCUGAUCCUCCUUGAACCUCUGAUCAGUACUGACCACUGCAGAUCCUUUUGGAGAUGCUAUGACCCAGUCUUCUAGUCAUCACAGUUUGCUCAUCUCAAAGUCGCUCAAACCCUCACGCUUACCUAUUUAUCCUGCUUCUAACACAUGAACUUCAUGAUGUCUCAUAGCUCUAUAAACACCAGACAUAUGAUAAACACAUUUAGGGUCCCUGUCCUACACCUGAUGCAGAGCACCACGAAGCACCGACGCAAUAAUUUUCCCGUCCAGCACUGGCGCCCAGGGGUUUACAGCAGUGGUCGGCAAUGGGCGGGUCAGAACUGCACUUUUAAAAUAAGAUUACAAUGUGAAAGAUUAAUAUUAUAAAUCUAUAUACUUUAUAGUAUGCUUUAUUAUGGUUAGGCCUACUUGUAGGGGUGUGACGAGAUUCGAGAUUGGGUUCUCGAGAUGAGAUUUUAACACUAUUUUAAUUUUAUCUUUAAUGCUGAAUUACAUGAAAAGUUUAAGCAGAAAGGCAAGGCAAGUUUAUUUAUAUAGCACAUUUCAACAACAAGGUAAUUCAAAGUGCUUUACAUAAAACAUAAAAGCAACAGGGAAAUAUAAAAAAAGUUUAAAAGCAUCAUAGGGAAAUUGAAAAAAAUACACAUUAAAACAAGUAAACACUUUAUUUCCUGCAUUCUUGAAUGUUAAGUUUUCUGAAUACUUACAAAGAUCAAUGGCAUAGAACCGUUGCAGCCAGCACAAUAAAGAGAUUUACAAUAAAUGACCAGCAGGUGUCGCACUGCACCUCCGUCAGCUGUGAUCACCUGGAGCCACUGUGUUAAUUCUACAACAGCAACAUUCAUCCUACCUCAAAUGGUCUAGUUAGGCUUGGUUUUAUACUCGAGACUGCCUACAUUUGUACAGAUUCCUGAGUAAGAGAGAGGGGGUUUGGACCUUUGUAGCCAUAGAUUAGAGUCUGUAGCUUCUGUCGAUCUGUCCAAAAUAGCCUAGACGGCAGAUCCAAGCCAAUAAGACCAAAUAACCAUAUCAUAUUUUAAUAGCUUACUAUUGUACAGGUUUCAUCAAAUUUGCAAAUAAAACAACUGCUGUAUGGAAACGCAAUGAACAUUAAAAGCAAAUUAAAAUAAUAGAAUGUGAUUAAAUAUGACCUCCUCCGCUGUGUCAAAACAGCAGCCAGCUGUAGUUAGCUUAUUAACAUACAUGUGUACUCUCCUGUGAACACAUUGUCACUUAUACAUUUGUAUUUCACAGCGUGAGAAAAUUCAUGUGUGACUUGAUACAUGUGAAAAAUCAAUGUCAAUUGCGUGAGUCUCGCAAUUUUUACCUGACGAGAAAUCUCGUCACGUUUUAAUCUCGUCACACCCCUAGUUACUUUAUUAUAAUGAUCAGAUUUACAGAAUUGCAGUAAUGGCGACUGAAAGUGGUGAAUUAUUUGACCAAUCUUGGCCAAACAUAGGAAUUUAAAAAGACAAGCCAAGAGACGAAGUACAACCUUUUUGAAUGAUGCACCUGAGCCUUUAUUAUAGUAAAGACUUAUUUUAACACAAACCACAACUUUUUAAUUAUUCCUCCACUACACCAUUUCAUCCACUGUCAUUCAUCACAACGACAAAUUCAUGUUAGUUUAAUCUUUUGGUGGAACGAACAGAACGAGAAUAUUCAUGUCGGACUUGAUGUCGAGUAAAAAUGAACCAAAUUGUGCCUUUUGUUUCGUCCCAGGUGUGAAAAAGACUUUAGGCAGCUAGACAGGGUCAGGACUGAACUGCUGUGAAUGUUUAAUUGUUUGAUUGUUUAAAUAUUUUAAUAUGUAUGUAAAGAUAAAUGUAAUGUUACUUUUGUUUUGUUAUUUUAUUCAUCACUUUAUAUUUAUCACGGUGUCAAGAAGGAGCUGCCAGUUAGUAUUUAUGCUGUUUCUGCACUGAGAACAAGACGUAUGUAUCAUCAUUUAUUAAGAGUCCAGUAUUCCUCUCUGGAUAUUAUGUACAGCAUUAUGUGUUUUUUACAAAUAUAUUUUCAUGUCUACAAAAAGGCUUUACAAUCAUUAACCCCUAUUUUUAUUUUGAGGGAAAUAAUUGACUGACCCAACACCUGUUUUUGGAUUCUCAAAGUCUUUGAAGACAAAAUGAAUGUAAGCUCUUUAAAAAUCUGUUUCUAAUAAAAUGCAGUCAAUCUAUAAAAA